AUGUCGAGCCUUUUUGGUGAAGUAGUCUAUCCUAGUUCUCGAGCAUUUUGGUCCGAAGAAGAUGAUGAUACUCAGGAAAAUAUUGAUAACUCAUCAAUUUUCAAAAUUGACAUCAAAGAUAUUACAACUAUAAAUUCUUUAAUUGUCAUCGAAACUGAUUUAUUGACAGAUUUUAUCAAGGAAAGUGUAUUACAUAAAUCAGAAAUAGUGGGUACAAUUACAAGACCGUCUACUAGCGGAUAUGCAUCAACUCUUUACGCACUAACAGGUGACAUUUAUAUUUUAUUAGUUGGAGCUGUUGAUUUAGCGACUUCUGGAGUUUUUGUUGAUGCAAUUUCAGGACUGCUGGAAAAAGCAAAAGAUAUUGUUGCACUGACGUCAAAUCAUGUGUCGCAAUUAAAGACUAAAAUUAAUGAAGAAAGUCCAUCUUUUUUGCGUCUAUUAAGCACCAAGAAAGCUAAAGAGAUUAUGAAAGAUAUUCCCAGGUUGAACCAGCCGAAUAUUGUGUCUGGAGUUGCAGCUGGAGUUUGGUUUGCUAUUAAACCGUAUUUUUAA